UAUUAUUAUUAUUAAGGCUACAAUUAAAAAUAUUUGCAUUUGAUGAGCUGAACAGUUAGCACACGUCACUCUGAAACAAAAACAUGUGAUGUUUAUCUUAAUAAAUUCCACAUUUAUUGUAAUAAAUGUUGCCUGUAAUUACUAUAGACUUGUCAGACCAUCCUCGAUUCUUUGUUUAUCUACAAGUCAUCCCACUCUCUCUCUGUCUGCUUGCCAGUGCGCAAGUGGGGAGGGUGAAAUCUCAGUUUGAAGUCUCAGCGUCUUCCUCAUUUCCACGGACCACAUCAGCGUCUGUCGGAUCAUCAGCUCAGUCACAUCAUUCGGGAGCAGUCCACAGUUAUUAAUAAAAACAACAACUACGCCUUAUAGGCCUGUAUCUUUUAUUGACUCCUGUUGUUAUGGUUACCACUGCUUUCUGCGCUGAUCGUUAGAAGACUCUGGAGCAUCAUCAUCUCAGGGAGCCGACUCUUCACUCGCGCAGGACGGGAUGCCGGAUUCACAGCAAUGGGAAGUUUAAAUGCGAAGCGAAGACUGCGGACCCAGGCAAAAAGAAAAAAAAAACAGUUUUAAAUGAAGUUUAAUACAGAUAAAUGCGUUUGAAAGUAAUAAGCUGUGAUGACUCCCCAGAUAAUUCGCGACAGUCUCUGAAUGUCUUCUAAUUAAUCGCUCUUUUUGAGGUGGACUAUUAAUUUUACAGGUUAAUCAGCGCUGUUUCUGCAAGCACAAUGAAAUCCAUCUUCUACAGUCGCUUUUUCAUCCUUCUCCCAUGGAUCUUGAUAGUGAUCAUCGUGAUCGACAUUGACACGAAAAGAUCGUCUGUUCGCAACACGGCGAGCUUCUAUUUCUCUCGGAUGGGAAAUGUCCAGCAGCAGCAGCAGCAGCAGGACGCCAGGGCGACUCGGACCAGCAGCGGGUCCGGGGGUAACGGCACAUCUCUCCCGGUCAUUUAUGCCAUCACUCCCACUUACAGCAGAGCGGUGCAGAAAGCAGAACUCACGCGCCUGGCCAACACGUUCCGCCAGGUUCAGCAGUUUCACUGGAUCGUGGUGGAGGACUCAAACUCGCGUACGGAGCUGGUUUCGCGGUUUCUCGCCCGGUCUGGAGUGCGAUACACACAUCUGAACGUGUUCACCCCGCGCAGGUUCAAGCGGACGGGGAUGCCCCGCGCGACCGAGCAGAGAAACGCAGCGCUCGGUUGGCUGAGAGGACACCGCACCUCCAAAGAUAAAGGAGUAGUGUUCUUCGCGGACGAUGAUAACACUUACAGCCUUGAGUUAUUUGAAGAGAUGCGGUCAACCAGGAAAGUGUCAGUGUGGCCAGUGGGACUCGUUGGAGGCCGGAGGUAUGAGCGUCCCCUGGUAGAGAAGGGCAAAGUGGUCGGUUGGUACACAGGCUGGAGGGCUGACAGGCCAUUUGCAAUUGACAUGGCUGGCUUUUCUGUGAACCUGCAUGUGAUCCUGUCAAACCCGCGUGCCCUCUUCAAGAGGAGAGGAGCCAAACCAGGGAUGCAGGAGUCCGAUUUCCUCAAGCAGAUCACAAAGGUGGAGGACCUGGAGCCAAAGGCCCACAACUGUACCCAGGUUCUGGUGUGGCACACCCGCACUGAAAAGGUCAACCUGGGCAAUGAACCAAAGCGGCAACAGGAUUCUGUUUUUAUUGAGGUCUAGUGGAUGAGAACGUCCUAGGAGUUUCACACCUGUCAAUGUUACACUGGAUGGAUCAAAGGACCACCAUCACUGGCACUUGCAAAAAUAAUGGCCACCUUUGAGCUUUUGGAUACCUGCGCUGGAGAAAAGACAUGUUCCUUAAGCAAUCAAAUGCUUUAGAUUUGCAUUCGGACAAAGCUGUCUUGGGAACAUGUUCCUGAAUACUGCACUGACAUGCAUUGUCUCUGCUGGGGCUUUUCAUUGUAGCAACACACUGGAUUACCUGUAACGUGGUGGUGGAGAAACCAUAGUUAAGGUGUUUACAAAUGGCAACUGUAUGUAAAAACUUUAUCCUAUUCCUAAUGCAUCUAUGUUUACUGGUCCAUUUGUGGAAUCAGAUCAAUGUCUGCCUGCCUGUGAACCAGAGAAAAAUACGUUUGAGUAAUGUACAGAGGUCUAAACUACUGACGGGUGUUGGUGGAGAUCCUGCCCAUGGAACAAAACAGUCUACACAGAAUAAGAAAUUGUGGAUGAAAGACAUUCAAGGCACACUGAACAUUCCCUGGAAAUAGAGAUUAAGCUGGUGGAAGCUGCAAAGAGUAAAUCAGUUUGUUUCACAGUGCACGAGACACUAUUACGAGGACAGAACCUUUGGAUUACAAAUGUCUUUAUUCCAAAUGACUCUCUUUAAAAGCAAAAAAAAAGAAAGAAGAAGAGAUAACUUUACAAUAAAUGCGUCUUUAGACAAAAUGAUCACACAAUAGUUCAUGGCUAUUCACUGUUUAAUGCACGGAAAUACAUUUUUUUUUCCUCUGUACUAGGCAACAGAAAAUGUAAACACAUUAUAGAAAUAAACCUGGAUGACGAGG